GCAUCCGUCGGAAUGGGACAUCUUUCUUUUUACACCAUGAUAAUAACCAAACUUGAGUUUGAGGUUUGAGAUACACGUGUGCUUAUUAUAAAUUUUUAUAAACAGAACUUUUGAUGAGAAAAUACUUAUAUAAGACUUAUAUAAGACUUAUAUAAGAAAACAGUAGAAAAUAUGUUAACAACGAAAGUAUUUUUUAGAAGAACAAAAGGAGGAAAUAUAUUUAAGACUGUCAGAGAACAUUAUCUGAGAGAUGAUAUUUACUGUGGUUUUAAAUCAUGUGUGAAAUGUAAGGCAAGGCCUCUAGAUAUGAUAUUGGAUGAAGAAAGGAGUGAUAUAAAAUCUUCUUUAAUUCAAGAUUCAUAUUUACUUGUACUUGAUACAAAUAUAAUUCUGGAUCAAAUAGAUGUAUUGGAAGAAGAUGUUAUCACUAAUGUAAUUAUUUUACAAACUGUAUUAGAAGAAGUCCGGCAUAGAAGUUCUGCUGUAUAUAAAAAGUUGAAGAAUAUUAUAGGAGAUCCAAAACGAAAGUUUUUUGUGUUUAUUAAUGAACAUCAUCGACAAACUUAUAUCGAAAGAGAACCAGGAGAAAAGAUAAAUGAUCGUAACGACAGAGUGAUACGAGUUUCAGUUAAGUGGUACAAUAGCCAUUUGAACUCCAGUGGGUGCAACAUUACGAUUGUUUUGCUAACAGAUGAUGCAGAAAAUAAAAGACAUGCAAUCGAAGAUGGAAUAUUUGUUCUGUCAAUGAAAGAUUAUAUUGCAUCGUUGGAAAAUUCGAGUUAUCUACUGGAUAAAGUAUGCAAACGUUCUUAUACCUUAGAUACUCAAAGUCUAGAUUUGUUUCCUUGUCAUCUGACACCUGCAGAAGUACACAGUGGCAUAUCAUCCGGCAGAUUGUUACAAGGUACAUUCUUAGCUUCGAGAGAAAAUUUUCUCGAGGGGAAUGUGAACGUUGAAGGAAAAGACAAGCCUAUAUUUGUGCAAGGACGAACCAAUCUUAACAGAGCGGUUGAUGGUGAUAUAGUUGCGGUUGAGAUCUUGCCUGACGAUCAAUGGUCAUCACCUAGUGAAAUCGUUCUGCAAGACGAAGAAGAAGCAGAUGUCGAUGAUGUUACGGAAGAUGAAAAGGUGCUCUCUAAAAAGAGUUCAUCAAAAAUGGAAGAUAAAAUACCAACAGGCAAAAUAGUUGGUAUUAUUAGACGGAAAUGGAGACAAUAUUGUGGAAUAUUGAAGCCGAGUGCAAUCAAAGGAAAUGUAAGACAUCUGUUUGUGCCGGCUGAAAGAAAAAUUCCCAAGAUAAGAAUAGAAACUAGACAAGCCGAAAUAUUGAGCAAGCAAAGAAUUAUUGUUGCACUGGAUUCAUGGCCACGCAACUCGAGAUACCCGCUUGGUCAUUUUGUACGAGCACUUGGUAAUAUAGGUGACAAAGAGACAGAAAAUGAAGUAUUACUCUUAGAACAUGAUGUUCCACACAGCCGUUUCUCUGAUGCUGUUCUUAGCUUUCUUCCAAAGCUACCAUGGAUAAUUACAGAAGCGGAUAUUGCACAGAGAGAAGAUCUUCGACAUCUAGAUAUCUGUUCUGUGGAUCCACCAGGUUGUACUGAUAUCGACGAUGCAUUACAUUGCAGAAAGUUACCUGACGGCAAUUUUGAAGUUGGCGUGCAUAUAGCAGACGUGUCUCACUUUAUAAGACCAGGAACUGCAUUGGACAAAGAAGCAGCUUUACGUGCUACCACCGUAUAUCUUGUUGAUAAGCGAAUCGAUAUGGUUCCAGAGUUACUCAGUUCAAAUCUUUGUUCUUUGCGAGAUAAGGAAGAAAGAUUUGCAUUUUCUUGCAUAUGGGAACUUGAUUCUCAUACAAAUAUAAUCAGCACAAAAUUCUGCAAAUCUAUAAUCUGUUCGCGUCAAGCUAUGACAUAUGAAGAAGCUCAAUUAAAAAUUGAUGACGCCACUCAACAAGAUGCUAUUGCAGUAUCAUUAAGAGAAUUAAAUAAAUUAGCAAAAAAAUUAAAAAAAAGACGCUUCGAAAAUGGAGCCUUAAGUUUAGCAUCACCAGAAAUACGUUUCCAAGUAGAUAGCGAAACGCAUGAUCCUAUUGACGUAGAAGCAAAGAAACUAAAAGAAACAAAUUCUAUGGUUGAGGAAUUUAUGUUGCUCGCAAAUAUAAGUGUUGCUGAAAAAAUAGUGGCAGAAUUUCCAGAAUGUGCCAUGCUAAGAAGACAUCCUGAACCACCACAAAGUAAUUUUGAACCAUUGAUUAAAGCUGCAAAAAAUCAGGGUUUUAUUAUUAAUACAAAUAGUGGUAAAGAGCUGGCGCAAUCAUUGAAUGAAGCCAAUAAAGAAUCGAAUCCUUAUUUUAAUACAAUGUUGAGAAUAUUAGCUACACGAUGUAUGAUGCAAGCAGUAUAUUUUAUUAGUGGUAUGCAUCAACAAGAAGAAUUCAAACACUAUGGAUUGGCAUGUCCUAUUUACACGCAUUUCACCUCUCCCAUUCGAAGAUAUGCGGAUAUAAUUGUUCAUCGAUUAUUAGCCGUGUGUAUAGGUGCUGAUGCAACUUAUCCUGAAUUACUGGAUAAAAAAAAAAACCAUUUGCUAUGUCAAAACUUAAAUUAUCGGAAUCGAAUGGCACAAUAUGCUGGUCGAGCUUCAGUCGCACUUCAUACACAUCUGUAUUUUCGUGAUAAAGUUCAAGACGAGGAAGGAUACAUUCUUUUUGUACGAAAAAAUGCUUUACAAAUACUCAUACCAAAGUAUGGUUUAGAAGGGACGUUAUAUUUAAAUCCCACUUCAUCUAUUACAUUCACGUACAAUUCAGAAGAUCAAUCUCAAACCUGUGGAGACAUUGUAUUUCGCGCAUUUGAUCCUAUUAUUGUACAAUUAAGUCUGGACAGAUCUAAUGUACAACAUGAAAAGUUAAUUUUUAAACUUGUAAAACCGGAGAUUUCAGAUUUUAGCGUAUCUCCGUUAAAUGUAGAAGCUAAUACCAGUAAAACCGAUUUUACGAAGGAAACAUUAAAACGAAGAGCGGAAGAACAACAAGUAUCAAGUAAUAUUCAUAAUAAAAAAGGAAAGAAAAAGAAGAAAAAGAAAAAUUAAGGACACUUCUCUUGAUAUUUUUUUCUAGUAUAUG